AUGCGCGUCCUAUCAGUCUUCGUUGCGGCCAUGGCGGCCAUGGCUGCCGCAGCGCCUCUCGCGGACACGCCCGUUAAAAGGAGCGUGGAGUCCCAGCUGCAGACGGAAUUGGCAACGUACCAACAGCAGUACCAGAAAUACCUUGCCCUGUACAAUCUCCAACAGAUUGACGUCGCGGUGGCGCAGCAGAGCGGCAACCAGGCCGAGAUCGCGCAGGCAGAGGCCACCGCGCAAGGUUAUCUGUCCAAGUUGGACUACUACGAGGAGCAAAUCACCAUCGUAUCUGAACAGCUCUCGUCGGCCGGCGCCGAGUGCGAGGGCGACCCGGGUGCUGGGGAGGAUGGCGAUAAAGGGAACGAUGAAGGUUGCCUAUAG